GUCGGCGCGGUCCGGUGUUUGUGCGGGGGGCGGAUUACGGCUUCGGCCCCGGCGGGUUGGGCGGGCGCUGCCCGGGGCAGGGGGCCGCGCUCUCCCGGGCUGCUGUGCCUGGAUCGGCGAGGACUGGCCGCCUUAUCUUCGGGAGCAGCGCGGGCUGCUGGGGAGUUACACGGUUCAAAGAGCGGCCUAGGGAAAGGGGCAGCAACUGCAAAGCCAGAGUCGAGCGAACGCUGAAUUUCCUGGGCUUCAGUUAUCUCUGAAAACUUUACGCAGCGUUUGAUCGAACACCGCCAGCGGAAUAGCUCGGGUUUGCCUUCAUGCAGGAUGCUGUAUUCUCUGCUCCUUUGUGAAUGUCUGUGGCUUAUAACUGGUUAUGCUUCUGAUGAUGACUGGAUUGAUCCCACAGACAUGCUUAACUAUGAUGCUGCUUCAGGAACAAUGAGAAAAUCUCAGGUGAAAUAUGAUGUAUCAGAGAAAAAAGAUGUCAGUCCUGACUUGUCAUGUGCUGAUGAAUUGUCGGAAUGUUAUAGCAAACUUGAUUCUUUAACUCAUAAGAUCAGUGAGUGUGAAAAGAAAAAGAGGGAAGACUAUGAAAGUCAAAGCAAUCCUGUUUUUAGGAGAUACUUAAAUAAAAUUUUAAUUGAAGCCAGGAAGCUCGGACUUCCUGAAGAAAACAAAGGUGAUAUGCAUUAUGAUGCUGAGAUUAUCCUAAGAAGACAAACCUUGUUAGAAAUACAGAAGUUUCUCAGUGGAGAGGAUUGGAAGCCAGGAGCCUUGGAUGAUGCACUAAGUGAUAUUUUAAUUAAUUUUAAGCUUCAUGAUUUUGAAACAUGGAAGUGGCGAUUUGAAGACUCUUUUGGAGUGGAUCCGUAUAAUGUGUUGAUGGUGCUUCUGUGUCUGCUCUGCAUCGUGGCACUGGUGGCUACCGAGCUGUGGACCUAUGUGCAUUGGUACACCCAGCUGAGACGGGUUUUAUUCAUCAGUUUUCUCGUCAGUUUGGGAUGGAAUUGGAUGUAUUUAUAUAAGCUAGCCUUCGCACAGCAUCAGGCCGAGGUUGCCAAGAUGGAGCCGUUAAACAACGUGUGUGCUGAGAAGAUGGACUGGAUUGGAAGUCUCUGGGAAGUGUUUAGAAGUUCAUGGACCUAUAAGGAUGACCCAUGCCAAAAAUACUAUGAGCUCUUGUUAGUCAACCCUAUUUGGUUGGUCCCACCAACAAAGGCACUGGCAGUUACGUUCACCAACUUUGUCACGGAGCCAUUGAAACACAUUGGAAAAGGAGCUGGUGAAUUUAUUAAAGCGCUCAUGAAGGAGAUGCCAGUAUUACUUCACAUUCCCGUGCUGAUAAUUAUGGCACUGGCUGUCCUGAGUUUCUGCUAUGGUGCUGGAAAAUCAGUUAAUAUGCUGAGACAAAUAAGUGGUCCCGAGAGAGAACCACCCCGGGCACUUGAGCCAGGUGACAGAGGACGGCAGAAGGAAGUUGAUUAUAGACCCCAUGGUGGAGCAGGUGAUACAGAUUUCUAUUAUAGAGGCCCGAUCGGCCCCGUUGAGCAAGGCCCUUAUGACAAAACUUAUGAGGGUAGAAGAGAUGUUUUGAGACAGACAGAUGUUGACUUGAGACUUAAGACUGGCAACAAGAGCCCCGAAGUGCUCCGGGCAUGUGAUUUACCAGACGCAGAGGCGAGAGAGCAUCCCAAGGCGGUACCCAGUCAUAAAUUUCCUGUUUUGGAUGCAAAGCCCAAAGAGAUGGGAAUCCCAGGAGAAAGCACACUGCCAGAAAGCAGCACUGAAAGCAGCCAGUCCACUAAGCCUGUCUCUGGUGCAGAGACAUCAGAGAAGGCGGAAGGUACAUCUGCGGAGGAAAAGGGCCAGCUCAGGACCGAGGCCAGAGGCAGCCCAGAGGAAGGCGGUGGUGCAUCCAGCCCCGCCAGCUGUGGAAAGGACCUGGAUGCUGGCCCAUGUGGCUAGAGGAACACAGACUCGGACCACAGCUCCAAGGUCGUCUUUGGGUUUUGUAAAGUAUACUCUUCACAACCGUGCACUCUUCUCUACACAUAUUCUGACAUUUACUAUACAGGUGCCAACUUCUACAUUAAUAUUUUUAUUGACCAUCAGGACGAAUGAAUACACAUGUAUUUCUGUUUAGUUUUUAAUCUUUUGUCAGUUUAAUUUCAUUUUCAUAUUGAAACCUCCCAAAAAGUUUUAAAGUGUUAAUUUUGGAACGGGAUCUCAUCGAUGAACACAUGGCAAGUAUCACUGAUUUCAAAUAAAGAGGUCAGUUUGAUUCAGGGGACAGUGAAAAAGUUGAUGGUUCACAGGCUUAGAUAGGAACCAACUAGCCAACGUGCGUGGUGCCUAGCGGAGAAGCCCGAGGACACCUACCUUAGUUAAUAAUUUGUUAGUCGUGCAUUGGAUUCGAUAUGUUUCUGCAAGUGGGAGUACCCAAAAAGAGUUUUUAAGGAGAGUCCACUGUGGUCAAGUUUACUCUCGUCAUGCACUUCGGUGUCUUCAUGCAGCCAUGGAGUGUGUGUCCGUUUGUCUCUGUGUAGGCUGCCUUAGCUCAUCAUGGCUUUGUCAUUCCCUAUCCCAUCUCCAUCUCUCAACUCUCCCAGCGAUGACUGGGCCCGCUUCCUGGCCACCUAUCUUACUUUACCCUCAGCUAAGAACUGAAGAUUGCCAGGAGAAUUUAGUUAUUAGCACAGCUUAAGUCGGUAAUCUGGGUUUUACAUAGUCCGUAGACUUUGAGAAUAGCUCUAUUUCAAUAUGUACUUUACACAUUGGUCAAGUACAUUAUUUUUGCUAAACAGCAUAAUCUCUCUACAUCCCUGGUCAAAUACUAACAAAUGCCACUGUCAAGAUUUUUAAAAACUUACCUCAGCAAGAGGGUGUCAAAUUUAACGUUAAUAUUAUUUUCUAGUUUAAUCUUGCAAACAUCUUUAGUAUUUCAUCAAAAAGGUAGUAUUUCCCCCCCCAAUACAACAGAAUUUUGUAUAAAAAUUUGUAACAUAGUAGGUAUGUAAUAUAUGAACUAAUGCAAAGGAUGCCUGCAGUUUGGGGAUUUUUGAACAUCAAUACAUAUAAAGGCCUCUCUUGUGGCACCUGGGUGGCUCAGUUGGUUAAGCAUCUGACUUCAACUCAGGUCAUGAUCUCACAGUUUGUGAGUUCAAGCCCUGCACGGGCUCUGUGCUGACAGCUCAGAGCCUGGAGCCUGCUUCAGAUUCUGUGUUUCCCUCGCUCGCUCUCUCUCUCUCUCUCUCUUUGCCCCUCCCCUGCUCAUUCUCUCUCUCUCUCCCCCUCUGAAAAAUAAACAUUGAAAAAAAAGCCUCUUUGAGGGCCAGACCUGUUUAUGCUAGUUGGUAAAUAUGCACCUAGGGUGGUUAGGUGUCCUUUGAGCUGUGAUUGGACUCUAAAGAGUAUCGAAUGCCUCAGGUGACAGACUGUAAUAAUGAGAGUGGAGUUAAUGCUGUUUGAACUCCUUUUUAUCAAUCUAAAAACGAGUCUGUAAAAAAUUAAAAUAUCGUCUUUGUAUUCUUUCAUUACAGAUAACUGUUGGUGGAAUGCAGUCCACUUUGACAGCUAGCAAAGCAACAUACAUUCAACUGCUGUCGAAUGACAGCAAAUAGGGAAGACUAAAGCAAACUGAACAGAUCAAGGGCAGUCUAGAACUUGGGAGUAAUAGGCUUGUUUAUUGUCCAGCUCAUACUUAUCAAAAUCAAGAAUUGUAGCAACAGGCUUUUAGGAGAAUCAGUAGGGUAUACAGCUUUUUAAAAGCAGUUUUUAAAUGGAAUGAAUGUUUACAGGCUCUUAACUACAGUAUACACAAAAUACUUAUUUUACAUUAUUGUGGUUUGGUAUGCUGUCUUUGCUCAUUGAAUAUGCUUAUAAGAAAAAACCCAUGAAACUUACAUACAGGUUUUAAAAGGACGCUAUCUAGGACAUUAUAUCCUAUAUAUAAUAUAUACAUCAUAAAGUGAUCCAGGUGUUAACAGAGUACUUUUGACAAAAUUUGAUCUUAGAACCAAGAAUACUUUUUUUUUUUCCUGAGCCUUUAAUGUGAUUCCAGAUCGAGUAACUUUCUUCUGUUUUAUUUUUGUGAACAUUGGCCAUUUGGAGAAGUGAUUCUCACUGCCCAUCAAGUCACCUGAAGGACUUUGAGAAAGGACAGAGGCCCAGAGCCCCAGAUACCAUCCCAGCUGUGCAGAAUCAAAAGCAACCAGAGGUGAAUGAGUUCUGGGUGUGGGCAUUUGCAUUUUACAGUUCAGCCUUAGCCUGUCCCAUCCUUGCUGUCUUCUUUUGCUAAAUUUACUUCCUGUCAUGUUGUAUUGUGUACCCUUGUAAACUGCCUUCAGUUCCUGAGAUGAAGGGAGGCUUAAUGACGACUGAGAGCUUAACCUACAUCUUUCAUACUUAAAUUUUGUGAGUUUUCAUGUGUUCUCUAUUUUCAUGGCCUAGGUUCUUGAUACAACCACAGGAGUUUGGGGUUUUUUGUUUUUUGAUAUUAGGUCUUAAACAGUAUUUUGCAACAGAAGAUAUAAUUUUAAGCCACACACACUUUAAAAGUCAAGGGUCCAGAACAUGCUAAAAGUUUAUUUCUUAGAGUUGUUUUUAUAAUGGGUUUGAACUAAUAACAUACUGAAAAUAGGAUUUUUAGCAGAAAAAAGAUCUAGAUUCUUUUAAUAAAGACUUUACACAUUGGUCAAGUAUGUUAUUGUUUACUAAACAGCCUAAUUUCUUACUAUAUCCACGGUUCAGUAUUUAAAAAAUGCCAUCAUCGAGUUAAAAAAAUUAUCACUUUACAAACACUACGUAAAGGAAUCUAAAAAGUUGCCAAAGAACACAAUCCCAAGCAUUAUUCAAAAAAGUUGAUGAAGCACCUUGUAUAAGACACCUCCACCCUGAAACAAGUGAGUGUCCAGAGAAAUGUGAAUUAAUGCUAUACAUUAAAGGUUAAAUAUUUACAUCAUUCUAAAAACAUUUUAAGCUGUAUUACAGUGCUAUAAUUUCUCCUUUUAAGGAAAAAAAAGAGUUUCCCUGCAGUGUUCUGAAAGGAAAUAAGGUCGUUUAAAAAAAAUAUAUCCGUAAUAACUAGUGGUUUAUUUUUUUCCUGUAUUUUUAAAUUCCAACAAAGCAUUACUUUGCAAAAUGUCUUUCAGCCCAAAUUCAGCGUCUCUGUUUUGAUCUCUUUGUAAAAGAACUCUCUGUUCAUCCAUUCUUUUCGCCUGAGAACGUAGAAUCAGGCUAAAAAAGUCCUCGUCUGGUACUGUUGGUCCCUUUGUGGUGGCAGGUGGUGGAGCACAUCUUUGAUCAUCUAAUCUGGACCCCUGAAAAUUUAUGAGAGAGAUUGAAACACAAAUAUUGUAGGGAAGGAGAACACCAGGUUACAUUAUGUUGUCAUCACAAGAAAAACAUUUUUUUUUUGCCUUGUCUCAGAAAUUUAAUCUUUAGACCUGAAACCUAAUAAAACCUUUUCAAAGACUUACAUAAUCAGAACAUAACAAGUACUAUGUAGAAGUAUAGCCAUAAGCUCAAGACUUUGGUAAGAUUACUUAAGAUACUAGGUCAAAUCUUACAUAAUCGGCAUUGACAACUUACCAAUCCUUAGAAAUACAAUGUUAUAUAUAAAACCCCUGCAGCACUACUGUGUCAGGUCAGGGGUCAGCAAACCAUAACCUGCUGCCUGUUUUGUGCAUAAAGUUUCCUUUCCGUUUCACCACAAUACUCAUGUGUCUACUAAUUAUGAAUUAAGUGUGGCUGGCAGAGUCCAGCAGUUGUAAGGGCCUGAAAAGCCUAAAAUAUUUUCUAUGUAGCCCUGUACAGAAAGUUUGCCUCGCCCUAUCUUAAACAUUUAAAUCUGUUAAAGAAACAAGCCAGAUUUUUUUCCUUGAAGUUCUAACUUCUGAUUCUUCUUUUAGAAGUACAUUACAAAUGUUACCCAUCAAAUAAAAAAUAUAAGCAUUUAAA